AUGCUCCACCUCAAACUCACAGUCCCCAAACCCGUCAACGAAUCCGUCAUCGAAGCCCUAACAGCCCGACUAAAGUCAAUUGACCAAGACUUUAACCUCACAUCUAUCGAUCAGCGACUCGCGGAAGCGUUCUACGAUUGUCCGGAUUCGAGCGAAUCAGAAUUAGAUGUUGUCCGCGCGGAUAUCCAACAAUUAUUGAAAGGUCCGAAUCCGCUGAUUCGUGGAUAUACAAUUGAUCAUCACUGGGGGCUUGGUGGGGUCUGA